CACAUAAAAAUUCCGAUCCACACCACACAAUGAGCGACGACGCGGACUCCAAGACCCGAGGACUCGCCGCCGACCACCAGAGCCAGCCUUACUACGGCACCUUCCAAGGCGUCGCCAACUACCCGCCUCCGCAGCCACUGUCCGAGCCGGUCGUCGGUUUCCCGUCGCCGGUACCCCCUCCCGGCGUCUCCGGCCGGCCUCCGCUACCUCCGCGGAGCCACCACCACCACCACCACCCCCCCCAGCAUCACGGAUACCAAACCGUCACCGGUUAUGCUGUUGUUGAGGGAAGACCUGUGAGGGAACGAAGGCUACCGUGCUGCUGUGGUCUUGGAAGCGGCUGGGUAUUGUUUAUAAUGGGGUUCUUUCUUGGUGGCAUCCCCUGGUAUAUUGGAGCUUUUAUUUUGCUUUGUGUGAGGGUGGACUACAGAGAAAAACCUGGAUAUGUCGCAUGCACGAUAGCAUAUCACCAGUACCAGGUCGUGGGUAGGGCCCUCCCCAAGGAUGCUGAGGACACCCCGAAGAUCUACCGUAUGAAGCUUUGGCACACCAAUGAGGUUCGCGCCAAAUCCAAGUUCUGGUAUUUCUUGAAGAAGCUGAAGAAGGUCAAGAAGAGCAAUGGCCAAAUGCUUGCCAUCAAUGAGAUUUUUGAGAAGAAGCCAACUGUUGUUGAGAACUAUGGUAUUUGGUUGAGGUAUCAAAGCAGGACAGGGUAUCACAACAUGUACAAGGAGUACCGUGACACCACUCUGAAUGGGGCUGUGGAUCAGAUGUACAACGAGAUGGCUUCUCGCCACAGGGUCAGGUUUCCUUGUAUCCAAAUUAUCAAGAUUGCCACUAUCCCAGCUAAGCUUUGCAAGAGGGAAUGUACUAAGCAAUUCCACAAUUCCAAGAUCAAGUUUCCAUUGAUUACCAGGAAAGUCAGGCCACCUACCAGGAAGUUGAAGACCACGUACAAGGCAUCGAGGCCCAACUUGUUUGUCUAACUUGAUCAUGACUGAUUGGAUGAACAAGCUGAAAGAGGGAUUGGGGUUGGUUUUGUUUCUGAAUCUUUCUUGUAGAGAAUUGAACUCUGAGUUAUUUUCUUUUGGUCACUUUAUUUUAUUAGACUAUGUUAGAACUACAAAUGGUCAGAGUGCCUCCGUAUUUUGUUCCAUUUUCAACUUUUCUAUUAAAUUGCCUCUUUGCUGGGCUCAAUUCAGUGAAUCCACAACAUGAUUCUCGUUUGAUUUCUUAUUGGUUGUGUGGUGUUGAGUGAUUCAAUUCAGUUGCAUUUUGGACUGCCAAAGCCAGCAGGCAGUGAUGAUGAAAUGUCAUCUCACUUAGUUGGGACAUAAUUCAAAGUUAGGAUCUUGUAGUUUUUACACUUGGUCUGUAGUUAAUGGUUUGUACAGUUUUUGCUUUUGCUG